UGAUUCAGUUGUUGUUAUGUAACAUUAUUGUGUUAUUAUUAUUAGAUUAUUAUAUUAGGUGUAUUUUUUUGUCACCGUUUAAGGGAGAUUCUGACUCUUAGCCAUCUAUAUGUAUCUUGGUAACAAUCCUUUUACACCAAGUUGUUGACUAGCUAGCAUCAAAUCAAAAGGAAAGUUUUCAAUUUGGUUUUUUUCCUAAUAAAAACAGGAUACAUGCAAUUAGGAAUGGUAUCUCAUUCAAAACAAUGAUAUUCAAAUUUGGAAGGAAGCUUCAACAACUAUCACAAAGGAAGGAACUCAAAGAAAAAGAUAAUGGAAAACUUUCAAGCCACCAACUCAUCUUUUUGUUUCUUGAGUAACUUAUUUCCAAAACAUAUUCCCUAUUCCCUAUUCUCUCUUCACAAACACAAACACCUUACACCAUGGAAACUCCUCCUAAAUGCAAAGAUGCAUUGAUUCUCUCCAUCAUCAUCUCUAUCUUUCUUGGCUUGGUUUCAUUCACUCUAUGUAUAGCGUCGGAAAUUACGAAGAACAAGAUGGAUGAUCUUAGAUGGAAUGGAAAACUAUGUUAUUUGCCAUCAAGCCAAGCAUAUGGAUUGGGUAUUGCAGCUUUGGUUUGUUUGUUUUUGGCUCAAAUUAUUGGUAAUUCUAUGUUGUUCAAGAAUUCUUGUUCAAGAAGGAAAAAAAAUGCACAAUACAAGCUACCUUUCUUUGCAAGGCUCCUAAUUUUGAUAUCUUGGCUUAGCUUUGGAGUUACAGUUAUUUUACUAAUUGUUGCAACAAGCAUGAGCAAAAGGCAGCCCUAUGGGGCAGGUUGGUUGAAUGGUGAAUGCUAUUUAGUCAAAGGAGGAACUUACGCAGGCUCAGCCAUAUUGAUUCUAGUUACAAUAGGCUCAGCAAUUGGUUCAUCUUUUUCAACAAUAAAAAUUAAUCAAGCAGAACAAGAUCGCAAAAUACAUGCACAAAUGGGGUAACACAAAUUAAAAUUAGAUUAUAGAAUUUAUUCUAGGAAACUAUACACUAAGAUGCCUUACAAGUUGUAGGGAGAAGGAUCCAAAGCAUUCAAAUAUUCAUUAACUUGCUUAUCCAAUGUCCUAUGGAAUAACUUUAUUUUUGGACUUACAGAAAAGAAAGAGAUACUUCAUUUGUACACAUUCUCUACGAGGUAGUUGGUGACUAUCUCAUAUAGGAACCCAUUUUAGAUCCCACCUGCAUAUAUGUAAUUGUUUUGUAUAUUUAAUAUUUAAUUUUCAACUGCCCAGUUGUAUUAUUAUUAUUUAUUUAUUUUUUAAGGAUUCCCAGUUGUAUUAA